CCUUAAUUCAGCCUCGUACCUUUUAGAACAUAGACCCUAGACAAGAAAGAUAGACGAUAAAAUGGGCAUCAUGGAUACGAAUCGUCCAUCGCAGCUCUUGACGAGGAGACCGAGGGGAAACAUGAUUGUCGGUGCUUCCGCACUUGCUGCAGUCACGGCGGGAUACUACUACCUGCGCAAGGCAGGCGACGCCCCCGACAGCCGGGAGUACCCGCUCUCAUGGAUCGGGUGUCACCUGAGCUGGAGAGACCCCGACGCGAAGCCCAACUUCAACACGAAUUUGCGUCGGGAAGGUGCAGGUGCAGGGAACCCGAGCUGAGUCCCGGUAGAACGCGAUAGAUCAAGCUAGAGAACUCCGCGCCGCACGGAGUCGCUGCGCUCAGGAGGAUUGCCGGUCAUUUCUCCUCGUCUCGCCUCGCCUCGCUAUCAGCUGCAUAGAAUCUAGAAGAAAUCCGCAAGCCCUGUAUUUUUAUUAUAGAUCACCCUAGACGCACCACUCCGGAUAGAUCUAGUACUACACAUGUAUCAGCCACGCUCCCUUUGACGAAUGUAACGACCUGGAUCCUGUUUC